AUGGAAUACGAAACGGAAGGUUGUCUUCAUGAGAUUUUUGUGCGCCAGAUGAAAAUAACUCAACAGACCGCAACAGCUGUUGUGUCGGAUGAUGGACGAUCACUGUCCUUCUCAGAGCUGGACCAUCUUACGGAUGUCUUGGCGACAAAUCUCAGACACAAAGGGGUCGAAAGAAAUGGCGCCGUUGGUAUAUUUCUCGAGAGAUCGCUGGAAUACCCUUUGGCCUACGUCGCGAUUUUGAAAGCCGGCGGGGCUUAUCUGCCCUUGGAACUUUCUUAUCCCAAAACUUUGCUUUGUUCGAUUCUGGAGGAUGCGAAACCCGUCGCAGUGAUUACGGACGCAAGUUUAAAACAGAGAUUACCUAGCUCCGUUGAGGUGAUCGUAUUGAACGAGGGCUGGGAAGAGAAACUUCAAGAGGAAAAUUCUUCGAAGCCGCAUCUGAAGGAAGUGACAAGUACGAUUGAUGAUUUAGCAUACAUUGUUUAUUCUUCAGGAACUACUGGCAAACCUAAAGGUAAGUACUUUAUAAAUAUCGACUUUUCGGAGAGCAAAGUACAAAUCAGUUGUUGUUUGCUUUGAAACUUGAUCGCUUGUUAAAAAAAUUCAUAUUUUAAUAUUUUCAAUAAAGUUUGGCUUGUUUGGAAAAAUAAAAUAUUCAUAAGUAACAUUCAAACUGGUAAUACGUCUUUUAUUGAAGCGCAGACCUGAAGCAAUCGAAUUUCUUUUUCCUCCUUUUAUCAUGACUUUGAAAGGGGAAAAUUUGACCUUUGAUGUGAUAUUUCAUAUUCCGUUAUUCUCGCUUAGUCGAUAUGACAUGUAACUCAUUCAGAGAGAAAACUGAUUUUAUCAGCGCAGAUGUUUUGAUGGCUUGAAGCCGUGAUUUACGAAUAAUAGGUGUUCAAAGAUUUAAUAUGAAUGCUAAGUGUGCAAUUUGGUUUUAAAAAUGUAAAUGUUAUUUCUUUAUCAAUAAUUAAUCUUUAACUAAACUUUUUUCCGCACCAGCGUCUUCUCAAAGUGUAUGGUAACAAGCGAUAACGCCCGUGUUUUCGGCCUGUCACGCACUUGCUGGAAACAUAGCGCGCCGCGGAGGGUUACCAGUUCAAUUUCUUACCAUUGUGAUUUUCUGAAGUCAUAGUUGAACACUAAGUUUUCCUAUGCGAUGGAAAUUUCGUUUCUAAGGCGUUUAUCUUUUUUUUUUUCUUUUAAUUAUUUUUUUUAUAAAAGGCACUCGCAUAAAAAACGCAGGUAUUUUUAAAACAACUGGUUCCUGCGUCGGCGUGCGUUUAUCGAGAUCGAGAUAUGAAGCACGCAAGGCUUGGAGAAAGAUGUUUCAUAAUAGCUGCAGUUGUAACCGAAAGCUAUUCUAGCUUCUUAAGCGUUCUUUUAGUUAUUUUUUUUAUAAAAGGCACUCGCAUAAAAAACGUAGGUAUUUUUAAAACAACUGGUUCCUGCGUCGGCGUGCGUUUAUCGAGAUCGAGAUAUGAAGCACGCAAGGCUUGGAGAAAGAUGUUUCAUAAUAGCUGCAGUUGUAGCCGAAAGCUAUUCUAGCUUCUUAAGCGUUCUUAAACUUCCCACGCACUCCACAUCUCGAUGAGCCCAUAGAUGGCGUUUGAACAGGAAAUGGAUUCCAAUCUUUGAAAUUUGUCGGUCAGUAAGAACAAUCUUAGUAUAGACGAAGUUAAAACAUCAUACCAUGGAAAGUGCUUGAACGAUUUUUAUUCACUCCAUACAUCACAACUCGUGAAUGAAAAUCGUUCGUGCGCACUUCCCACGGAAAAAUCUCUAUUAUUGAGCGGUACUUUUAGAUAAUAUCAACACCUGAAAAUAAUAUCUGUUAUAAAAUAACAAAGAUAUUGAGAGCGCCCUGAUUGGUAAAGCGGAAUUCUUUCGUUUAUUGCACCGGUAAACCGAUAGAAAAUUGAAAUUUAUUCUAUUAAAGCAAUAGACCGCACUUUCUGUCGGUUUACCGUCCUAAUAACUCACUUGCUUAACUGGCUCACAGAUCAGUGAAAUUGUCGCAGAAUUUAUUUUAGAUUAAAACAACGGGUAACUUCAAAGAUGAUUUCGUACCCGUAAGAUAAAAAAUCCAUUGUUUCCCAAAUCAAGUGUUCUUUCGCGUAUUAGUUUUCAUUUUUGAUCUGUCUCAAUCGGGAAGGAACGGAAAAACCAUCUGGAAAGUUUACAAACUGUGGCUUCGCUAGAAGGGUACUGUUCAUGGACGCACGUACGGCCGUGCGUCCUUGCUAACAUAGAAUUAACCAUCCCUUUACCUUUUCCAGGGAUAUGUUGCCCUCAUCGUGGUGCAGUGUUCUCUUAUACUUGGAGAUUUCAGAAUUUUCCCUUCGAGUCAGAUGACCGUGUAGCUUGCAAUGUUUUCUUUGUGUGGGAGCUGUUGCGUCCUCUUCUGAAAGGAAUACCCCUUUAUAUCAUUCCUGACUCAGUCAUUUAUGAUCCGUAUCUUCUGCUGAAGUUUUUGAAGAAGAAUGGAAUAACAAGAGUCCUCUUCACUCCUUCACUUCUUGGUAAGUGAUUUCACCAGUCACCUGAUGACAAGUUAGGGUGGGGGGAGGGGUAAGUACGCAGUUGCUCAACUACUGACAUUGAUCAGAAAAUGACAUAGAUUAUUAUUUACGUCAUGAUGGGACAAAUAUUAUGGGUUGACUCUGGUCCAUUUUAAUGACGUGGUAAAAAUUAAGGACACGUCAACGGUUUAACUUUGUUUUGUCCCAACAAAUUCCAGAGACGCUUUUAACUUGUGAAGAUGGUGAUUUACCUAAUCAUUUGUCCUCUCUGAGAAUCAUCUGGCUGUGUGGAGAGGUGGUGACAACAGCUCUCCGUGACAGGUGCAUGAGGAUGUUACCGAGGAUAAAGCUGUUGAAUCUGUACAGUGUCUCGGAAUGCCAUGACGUGGCUACUGCAGAUCUGACCAAUAUGCCUUUUCAAAGUGAAGUAAGUACACUUGAUGCCCAAGAAAGUAAUACAGCUAACUUGUUUCGGUUAUCUUAAAAACGUUUAGUUGCAUUGUGAAAUUUCAAUCUGAAUGAAGAUACAUGGAUAAACAAAGUUUUAUUUUGUUGAAUAGCAAUUCUAGAUCUCUGAGUCAAUCUAAAAAAAAUCCUGAAAUAUCGUGAUUUUUUACGAUCUCCUUUAAGCAUUUACAAAAAUGUAUUAGAAGUAUUUUUUAUAGAAUGGGUCUGACAAGUACAAACUAUCAGUUAUAUGUUCUUCGAAGGUUUCUUAAUAUUUACAGUUUUUACAGAAAUCUUUUACUCUUUUGUUUCCGAUCUCGUGAUUGCGAUUGAAGAGGUAAAGCAAGUCUGGUGUGAGCAAAAAGUGUCUGCGGCGAUGAGGGGAUUCAUUUGUUUUAAUUGACCAUUAACUGAACGCUGCUUUCUUCUGCCAGCUUUCAGAUUCUGAUGAUAACAAAAGGAAGUUUUGCCCUGUCGGAAAACUGUUACCAGGAGUAUAUGUGGCAAUCAUGGACGAGAAUUUAAAACCACUUCCAGUUGGUCUAUCAGGAGAGGUAAUAACUCAGGAAGCUGGGGAAGGGGGUUAACGUAUUUUUACUGCGGUCUAAGGAUAGGACAAAUGAUUAAAAAAAAACAAAAACGAAGCAAUACUUAGACCAAGACCUCAAAUCUCUUGGGUGUCACAAUUAAAUUUACAUCAAUACCAAAACUUAUUGAGAGUUUAAUGACAACGAGAUGGUCUGAUAUCCGUUCUUAUCCUGAUGGCCGUCUUUUCUCUUCAGAUAUUUGUUGGCGGGCCCACACUAGCUCAGGGCUACCUGAACAGACCAGAAUUAAAUGCAUCCAGAUUUGUAGAGCGUCCAGCUGAAGUGCCAGAAGCUGCUGGUCCGCGGCUGUACAAGACUGGUGACUGGGGAUACCUGCUGUCAUCCGGAUUGUUAGAGAUUUGUGGCAGAUGUGAUUCAAUGGUAAAAAUCAGAGGAUACAGUAUUGAAAUACAGGUGAGACUGAUCGUUGUGUUAACCCUUUAACUCCCAGAUCAAAUUUGUAAUUCUCCUUACUGUCAACCAUGCAAUUCUUAUAACGCUAGUUCAGAGAAUUUAGUAUUGGAUCAACUAAUUAUCCCCAAAUUGACAUUUUUUGCCAUUCUCAUCACUUAUCUGGUUGAUAUUUUGUUGAUAUUAUAAGGAGAAAUUCUGUCUUGGUCACUCAUGGGAAUGAAAGGGUUAACUGAUAAAAUGCUUCAGAGGCUUUGCCUUGUUUUGUAUUUUCCUUUUGACCUAAAGCCUCAUUUUACCGUGGUUUCUGUCUUGGUGGUAUUUGUCUUCUAAAUUUGAUGAAUAGAUGUACUGCGUCAUCCCACAUUAAUUGAUCAAAAGGGAAGGUUUGUGCCGGGCAACUAUAAGCGAUUUCUGGUGAAAGUGACCUCUUCACAACUUUGCAAACUGGCACAUCUGUCAAUCAAUUAGCUACCUGAUUGGCUGUCGUACAUGUCUCUGUAUGGUUUAGUCGAUGACUAUGCGACCACGAUAGCAAGCAUUUCCAUUGCAGAUUUCCCACUCACCUCACAUUUCAUCGCUUUACAAUUUUUUACGUCAGCUGACAGUCUGCUGGUAGCGAUUUCCUUCCUCCACUCCUGGGGAAAGAUGGAUAGGCAUGGUUAGACGUACGUCUUGCCCAAGAACAUAAAACAUUGAGUUGGUCACGCUUACCUUUGCAGGAUGACUGCAGCGUGCAAAGAAAGUCCUGGGUACGGUUGUAUAAAGGGUGGAUAAUGCUAUCCAACAGAUAUAUCGCCAUCCAGUGGAUAAGUGACAGCAAAACGUAUAGCGUUAUCCACUGGGUAGAGAUUUAUCCUGUGGAUAGCGUUAUCCGACCUUCGAACAACCGGGGCCAGACCGAUAGCUCGUGGCUAGUUGAUUUCCACUCGAGCUGGUGGAUUUGAUUUAUCACUUGCCUUAAGGGCAAGAAACAAGUUUUCACUUAUCUACCUACAAACGAAGAAAUGCCAGCAAGAAGAGCCUUUGAGCUGGUGGAAAAUAACUUUCCUUACAUCCUUGGGUGGCACAUUUAUCAUUGGGUGACUGUGUCUCUCUCUUUCAAUAUCUUUAAGAUCGUUCCCAUCAAAAAUUUUUAGGCACAAUACAUCGAAAGUAAGAGGUGUCUAGGAGGCCAAUGAGUCAACUGAGUAAUGAAGUGCAUUGUAUUGCUGCGUUUUAACAGGCUGUUGAAGCCGCCCUGUUGCAGCUACCCAUGGUUAAUGCAUGCUCCGUGGUAGUCCACGGAGAUGAAGGAGAAGACAAAUACCUGGCAGCUUAUGUUGUUCCAGAAGGGAAGGCUAACAAGAAAGACAUCAGAGCUGCUCUGAAGACAAGGCUUCCAUUCUACAUGAUACCAUCACAUUUUGUUCUUCUUGCCAGGUUAGUUUAAUUUCAGCGUUUGCAAAGUGAAAGUUAUAAAUAGAUAAGACAGCUUAAAGAAAAUUCUCCUCCUUUUUGAUGGUGAUUUGUAACCUAUUAAAUGGUGUACUUUGCUUUCAAAAUUGCGUCUCUAAGGUUAUUGCCUGUUUCUGUUGCAUUGCAUAUCCAUCACACAAGUAAUUUCAAGCAUGAUUAGCCUGUCCCUGUCCAAACAAAAAAUGGUCACUUUUUUCGCUGUGGCUUGAGGUAUCGUGAGGGAGUCUUAAAGGGAAAUCUUAGGAAUUUCUGUUGAAUAAUAAGCAACGGACUUACGCCCCGAAAAAAGGCAAAAAAGCUUCAGCUGUUAGGCGUAAAAAUUGACAAGUUUUAACCGUUAGUCGUGAAAAAAAUUACUGGUGAUAUCAAUGGAAUGAUAUAUAAAAAUUAUUCCACGCUAAACAUAAAGGUAAAGAGGCCCUCAGGGUCGAGUUGGCUAUAAUCAUGUCAUAUCCAACAAGCGCGAGUGUAACAAUUGUUUUAUCAAAAACGCCCAAACUAUGGAUAAAUCUUCCCAACUUAUUUUGUUAGAACAAACGGAAUGUUACGAUGUACAAAAACACUUUCAGUCAAACUCGUCGUCAUGCGCGCGCACGCUGUAAUGGCACAUGACCCAUGAUGGCCAAAACCUCUUGAAUUACAUUUUCCAACUAACCGGUUUUUCUAUAAUAACUGUUAGCCAUAAAAUCGCCAAAAUUGUAACAGUUAUUCGUAAAAGCCAUCACCCCAUUGAGAUCCUCGUGCAGUAAGAAUAGGAGGAGGCAAAUAUGGUUGAGUGAUUUAGGCCGCUGGUCUUUUGAUCUGAUGGGUAAGCCCUCCACCCAGCCACUCACCGGAUUUUUUUCCGGUUUGCCCGAGUCACACUCUUUAGCUGCGCUCCGUAUAUACCCAACUGGUCUGCCGGCUCCUGCAAUCUCUAGCAAAGGGUAAGUUGGUCUUGUAAUAAGUCUCCAUCCUACUUCCUAGAAAUGACUGCAACGUUUAAGAACCCGCCUUCUGUACGUUUGCUGUUACAAUGAUCGUCUUAUUAAUCAAUUGCAAAUUUUUAGUAUUCCUGUGACACCUGCUGGCAAGCUUGACAAAAACAGACUACCUCCCAUUGGCUCCUCUGGAACUGAAGAGGAAAGUUUGCCCAGCACUCCAACAGAACACGGUCUUGCUAAGCUUUGGUGUGAAUUAUUGAACCUACCCAACAUUGAUGUACAAGAGGGUUUCUUUGAUUUAGGAGGGUAAGCUCGGUAAAAUAAAGAAAGCAAAUAAGGGGAAAAAAAGGGACCAUCAAGCUUUAAGCUGAGAUUCGUCAAUUACACUAAAGUUAAAUUUAGACCUAGACGGAAACGGUGGUUUGUUUCGGCUGAGGUCCGUACUGUGAGGCUUUACUAACAAAACCCAUUUCUCUUCUUUUUCGAAGUUAUUUCCAUCGACAAAGCUAAUUUCCAUACUGUUCGCCAGUUUGAACACAUUUUUAAUUCUCUCCAAGCUAUUUUUUGUAUUGCAUAACAAUUAUAUGCCCUAUUAGCUAACGUCGCCCAGCCUUGAUGCUUUCCACCCAGUCUCGUGCCUAGACCUUUCAUGGCCAAGCGGUUGUAACAGUUAAACGAUAGGAUCUGGGUACGAGAUUACUAUCCACCUUUAUCGGGCUGGAUUAACCUUAGAGGCUAGUUAAGCCUUUAACUCCCACAAGUGAUUAACAUGAAACUUCUCCUUAUAAUAUCCAUAAAUUAUCCAGCAAACAGGUAAUGAGAAUAUUCAAACUUGUCAGGUGGAAGCUGCUAUCUUAAUCUAGCAGCAAAUUCUCAUAACUAAUUCAUAAGGAAAUGUGUAGCAGCUAGAAGGGAGAAUUAACAAUCAGAUCUUGGAGUUUAAGGGUUGACACUAACGUCGUAAUCGCAGUUGUAAUCGUAGUCGUAGGAAACGUUAAAACCGAGCAAUAUUAUCAUAUCCAUAAUCUUAAGCUUAGAGGGCUUUUUCUCUCACGAUUACGAUCUUGAUGCUUACUUACGAUCAAGUUUGAGCUAAAUCUACGUAAUCUGAGGGAAUGUAACAUGGUGGCCGCUAAAGACGAGCGUUUUGGUAAUGAUAAUAUAAAGAACGAUUCCCUUACUAAUUUUCCAAAUUAUUUUUGCAGACAUUCGCUUUUAGUGACACAAUUGCUGGUAAAAGUGAAUAACAAGUUCGGUGUCAACCUGACGGUGCAUGACCUGUUCAAUUGCCCCACAGUGGCAGACAUGGCCAAGACGAUUGAUCAGCUGAAGAUCAACAACAUUAGAAAGUAAGUAUAUCGAUGUAUAGCUCUACCAUAGUGAUUAUCCAAUCAACUUGCCAGUUAGACAUUUUUAUGUAUAAUAUAUUGUGUUUAUGUACUUUGGUAGGUAUUUGUAAUGUAUAUACUGCUCCUGGGCGUAAUCUGUUAAAACGAAUCAUUGAUUAAUGAUUGAUUUAUUGAUUUAAUGAAUCCCUGAUUGAUUGAUUUUUCACGAAAGACAAUUUAUAUUCAAAUCAUGCUCAACUAAGUACAUAAAGAUUUCUUAACAUUCUUUUAACACUGAUGCGAGGAAUUUCGUGAGAAAAUGAAUACUACAAACAAUUUACUAGUGGUAAUCAAUAAUGAAUUUAAAAUAAUUUAUGGCAUGGUCUCUGUACCUCACAGAGACUAAACUCCUAAAAUCACUCUUUGAAAUGAAACUGAAUGACAUCUGAUUUACCAAUCUAACGAAUGAAGGCUUGAUUGUCUAAUCUACAAAAUGCCCUUUACAUCAAAAUCAAGAAUCCAAAACUUAGCUCUUAACCUGACUCAACUAAAACAAAACUAUUGAAUAAUUGAUUACCUCUACAGUUAAGACUGUAUUGAAACAAUCUUUUUCACCACAUAAAUGUUCCUACAAGCCCCACCACGGGAAGGGAUCAAUAUCCAAGGUUUCCCCAAGAUCGCCUCAUUAGGAGUGGGGGCCUUUUAAUGGAGGAGGGGUUCUUAUUCAAAACUGAGUGGGGGCCCCAAUUCUAGCUCCUUUUUCUGGACUCUGACCGUCAUAACUGAAUACUGUACACAGCUUCAUUAUACGAGCAACGGUGCCACUAUUGUAGAGUUUCUCCCGUGGAGGAGGGGAAGGAAGAGGAGGAGGUUGAUACUCCAUGUGAAAUUUCAUUGGAGACUGGGGCUAACUGAGGUGGGUGGGGCUUCCAAGAGCAUUUAUCGUGUAUGACAAACCUGCACAAUCCAUUAACUUCCCCAAAUUGAUAAAAAUGAUGAAAAGACGUAUGUUCUGCGGAAUUUUGUCUAAUGACGCAUUUUGUAAUAACCUGCAAAUUUUGUAUUAAGGGCAGCGGCAGUUUGUAAGAACUUACGCAUUUUGUAAUAAAGGCGAGCUACGCAUUUUGCAAUAAGAGCUGCAGCAUUUUGUAAUAAUCGUCGGUUGACACAAUUUAAAACAACAGAGCGCUAUUACAAAAUGCGUCUUAUCACAAAAUGCCGCAAAAAAACUUAAUUGUACUGUACUUUGCAAUUAUUAUGAAAUUGUUUCACCAAAAUCUUAAUUGUCAGAAUAUAGAUAAUCUUUAUUAACUGCUUACGUAACUUAAUAUUUAAAGCUACAUCGAAUAAAAUAGCAAUAAGGGCAUGAAAUAACUAUGAGGAUAAUAUUAAAAUGUAAUAUUGUAUUGUAAUCAGUGGAGACGCUAGGACGAGGAUGAAAGAAAGCUGUUUGUAUAUAAGGUAUUCUUAAAGAUGUAAUGGGUAAUGCUGCAAGUUUUAUAGAGCCCAAAAUAAAUUAACUGAAUCACAGCAACUAAUCUGAACGAGGGAAAACUUGAAAAGAGCCUUCAAAGGAAACACGGAUAACUGGCUUCAAGCACGAGAAUAUGGAACAGACCAAGUCAUGAUAGUUUUGAGUUUUGCAUCUUAAUGAUUGAGAGUGAAAGCGGGCUCUUAAAGCAGUGGCGAAGACAAUAAGAAUCUCGGUCCAUUUUCUAUGCUUACCUGAAACUGCCAAAAAGAAAUUCUAGAAGCGCCCAGCUAGUAUUUCGGGAGGCAUGGGUUCAAAUCCCGUCGAAGCCUUGAAUUUUUUCAAGCUUCUUUUCUGCUAUUUCUUAAACUGCAGUCGAAUUGCGAGGAUCAUUUCCUUGCUAGAUUUUCAUCCACAGGUCAAAUGAAAUUUAUUCAAUUAAAAAAAUUUGUGAUAAGAAAUUUUUCUACUGUUUUACAUGGACAAAAGUACAUGAGUUUGAGAUAACUGCUAGGCUGAUAAAAGAGUCUCACCGGGUCAAGUUUUACUUGGGAUUCAACCAACUCACAGACGGUAAAAAAGGAGAGACUUGUUACCAAGAGUCAUCAUAAAGUUAGUUUGGGUCUAUGAUGAGUGAAAGAAUUGCCUAAUUUUGCAAAUUCUUGAUUCUAGUGAUAAAUCCGAGGGCGAGAUUGACCUUCUGGAGGAAGUUAAUUACCAUUCAGCCGCUGAGGGAUUUAUGAAGUUAGUAUCUGCGAAAGCAUUUUAGUAUCAUUGCUCAGGUGAUUAUAGAGAUGCGCGUACUCUGAUUGGUCGAGGAUUGCUUCAUAAAUCGUUAUAACCGCCUCGCGCGAGGUGAUUAUAGCAAAAGCGCUAAAUUUCAAAAUGGCUACCUCGUCUUUUUUCAACGUUUCAGAGGAAGUAAUAAGCGCGAUAGAAGAAAAUUCAACUGCGAAGAGUCCAAAAGAUGCUAAAAAAUUGACAGAAAACCUUUCAAAAGUACGAUAUGAAUUAUUUGCAGACUGAAUUAAAUAAACCUGCUAAAAGUGCUUGCUUAUGUUGAUACAUAAGACUUGUUGUGUGCGUGUAAGGCCAAGACAGUUUCUUGUAACGAAUUUUCACCACAAUUUGUCCAAGAUUGUGGUUGUUGGUGCGCUGGAAUCCAGAUCGGAAGGUCCAAGUCUAAGCCUAGGACAUCCCAGACCGGUGUCUUUAUUCUUAAAAUUUUUCCUUUGUCUUAUUUUUUAAACUGAACAGUAUGGACAUCAUGUUGAGAGCUUUUUGGCGGUCUGGAAACUUCAAGAACUUACGUCGCUGGAACAGGGGACGUGUUCUUUUGACAGGCGCUACUGGAUUUUUGGGAGUAUUCUUGCUUAGGGAUCUCAUCAGGUUGACGAAGGUAAACACAACUUCAGUUCACAUCGAACGGUUUGAAUAUUUCCAGACUUAUUUUUCUGCAUUGAUUUAAACUGUGAAGAUCAACUCGUCAUUUGUGAAGGAUAAUUUUAAUUUCUUGAAGAUUAUAGAGCACACAUCGCGAGAUCUUGUACAGGCAAAUGUAUCGGAGUUUUACCUGUUGAGGAGACACGAACUGUUUAAUACUUCAGACUGUUUAUGAACUAUAUAACCCGGGAAGGGUUGUCCUGGAAAGGGCUACUGCCGUCACCGACGUUGAAACAGAGACAAUUGAAGUGGUUAUGGAAAAAAUAUCCUAAUUGGUCCACAAAUUUUUUGCUGCAGGUUCACAUUUUCUGUGUUGUGCGUGAACAACCUGGUGGUGUGGAUGGGAAGGAAAGGCUGAAGAGAGCUCUACAGAGCUUCAAGAUAUUGCCGCAAACAAACGACCGUCAGCAAAUGACUGAAGAGGAGCGAUACGUAGACUAUGGCUUUGAGCACAGAGUUAGUUUCGUGAAAGGUACCUUAUAUGAGAACAAUUUUUCUAUGAAGUGUAGAACAAAAUCCACAGUUGCAUUGACUUUUCUUUACUACACCUCAUGAUUGGACUAUAAAACUGGUGUCAUCCUUUCAACCAAUCGAGUGCAAAACUUGAACUAAUCGCUUCUUGGUCAAUCGCGUUUCCCUGCGCUCGAGGUAAUGUGACGUGAUUUCACUUUGAGUUCCCAUUGGCUCUUGUGUGAUUUUUUCUUUGUUCUGAUUGGCCUUCGUGAUAAGUUUGAUUUUGGUCUUUCGACAAUCUAUAGAGAAGGGCUUUAAUGAUGGGCCAAUCUAGGCACUAUUCAAAGUUUCCUUUAGUUGAGGAAUAUUGGGUCUUUCCUUUUUCGAUUAUAUGUGCGUGUGUGUUUCGGCCACCUAAUCGCCCGGUUUUUAGCGCCGGCGAUAGACUGCAGAGUGCGUGGAAUAUGAAGAUUUCAGCGACGUUUGAUUCAGCAUCACAUUCUCCUUGUGUUUUACGAGGGAAAAUGAGACAAUUUGGAAAGGGAAGCAAGCAGUCCAUUAGAAUUUAAUUGGGGCAUGGAAUAAGCAUGCAUACGCUCGUUAUGACUUACUGCUUCUUUGUGUUUAGGUGAUGUCUCGCUGAUAAAACUAGGAAUGAGUGAGGAAGAGUAUGUGCACUUGUCAUCAGAGGUAUGGAUAGUAAUAUGGCAGCGAAUAAUUUUUCAACAGAGUUUGGAUAGUAAUCUAAGACUGCGUUGGAUCUGUUUUACUGCACUCUUUGAUUGGUCCACGACAGUGACAUGAAUUUCUAAGCUAAUUUGAGGUAAAGUUUCGACUUUUGCCGACUCCUUUUUUGGUAUGGCCAACUACUUACAAUUCCCCAGGAAAUACUAGUAGUCAUAUUAAGUAUUAAAAAAAAGUUCUCUGGCUUGAUGGAAUAUACAUUCCUUCUAUCGUUCAGACGAUUUACUGUUACCAUGUUUACAGGGGAUGCAUAAAAUUAUUCGGUAAAAUUGUGUUCCUGUAAUGAAAAAGUUAACAACAAAAUUUACCCAACAUGAAUCAAUUAAAACAGAAAACAGAUUAUAGUAAUUCUUUCACUAAACAACAUUUUUGAUUGAUUAAAAUGAUUUACUAUUAUUAAAACUGUAAUGUUAAAUUUUGAACUGGGGAGCUAAGUAAACCAAAGUUUUUCUUGUAAGCUCCCGGUGAAACACCUCUUUUAAGCGGGUAGACAGUUUGCAGUUGUAAAUUUAUUAUCUAAGAAAGCUGCAUUGAGUACCUGAUGAUUCUUAACCUGGGACUUAAACACAUCUGUCCAUAGAGUUUCCCCUCUACAGACCGUCUUUGCUAACUUUGCUAUGUCUGUUUAAGCGAGCGAGUUAUUAUAGUAGCAUUGAUCCAUGGCUCCCUUCAGUACGUUUAUUUGUUUGUGGGUUUUCGUUUUUCCUUUCAGAUUGACUUCAUUAUUCAUGCUGCUGCAGCAGUGAAUAUGGUCUAUCCUUAUCAGGUACAGUUUGCAUCUUUUAUGGAAGUUGAGUUAUCUAACCAUUUAACUCCAAUAAAUAAUUAACAUGUAACUUCUUCCUAUAAUACCCAUACAUUAUCAGAGAGAUAGAAGUUGUUAUCCUGAUAUGUCACCAAAUUCUCGUAACUAAUUUACAAGGGAACGACUUGAAGUUAGAGGGGAGAAUUAACAAUCAGAUCUUGGGAGUUAAAAGGGUUAACGGUUAACUUAUGAAAAAUGAGUGAGUUAAUAAAUUGCCUUCAGAUAUCUAUAUAUCUUUUUUUUGCUUUUUUACCUUUGUUACUAAUGUUUCAUACUAUUUUUUUUCAAAAAUUCACAGGCUUUGCGGGGAGCAAAUGUUCAAGGAACCCAAAAUGUCCUUCUAUUUGCUUGUACCAGUAAAAUUAAACCUCUUCAUUAUAUCAGGUAUGCUUCUUUUUUAACAUCUUGCCUGAAUCAUUAUUCAAUGUUAUGGGAAACUCUUUCUUCGACCUACUGCACCAAAUUAAGUCAGGGUGUUGUCUUCUUUGUAGCACGGAUGCUGUUUUUCCGCAUGGAUUGUCCAACUGUUCUGAAGAUGCAGAUAUGAUGCAAUAUGCAUCGCAACUUGAGGAUGGGUGAGUUGUUACAUUACUCCUCUCUUUAACUCGACAAAGAACGAAGCUUAUACCCCUUUUUCUUGGCAUCAAACAACUAAUACUUGCUCACAAGUUGAGCUGCGUAAGCCAAGCUUGGAGCAAGAUCUACAGAGGCAACAGCCCGGAAAAAAUUACGUCUUUAGUGCAGGAUGGGAUAGUGUUCUGAGAACAUUAGUAACCUCAAACGAUUUGAAGAAAAUGAGUAAAGCGACUGUUAAAGGCGCAGUGGCGAAGUAGUUUGUGCUGUGGACUGAGGUUCGUGAAGUCUGGGUUCGAGGCUUGGUCGGGUCAUAGUGUUGUCUUUUUGGGCAGAAUACUUUACUUUCAUUCUACCUUCUCCACCCAGGAAUAAAAAUGAUUACCUGCUAACUGUCAGGAAAAACCGACGAAAUGACAAGGAAAAAGGAAGCUGUAACCUGCGAUAGGCUGCCAUCUCAUCCAGGGAGAGACGCGACAUUAUCAGUUCGGCGUCAUGCAUGCUGUCAAAAUUGAGAUAUACUUUGACUAGACGUGCCAAUUAACACGAGUUCAAACUCAAUGUUAUUAUUGCUAAUAGACGUCUGUUGAUGCACAGGUACUCUCAAUCCAAAUGGGUCGCAGAACAGCUUGUGUUGAGGGCCAGAACCCAAGGCCUACCUGUAGUCAUAUACAGAUUAGGUAUGGGUAACAUGUGUUAAUGUUUUGGAUUAAUUCAACACUCGUUGUGGCUCUCAUUUACUUUAAUAAUUUCUGUUCCAUAUAAAGCAAAAGGUCAACUGAAUUAAACCGCAAAACGCUAAGUGAUUGGAUGUACUUAGGGACGUAACAGAAUAUUGAAAUGAAUUUACACACCGACAUUUUAUUUAGAGUAAGAUUUUUUUUACGUUAAAAAAACCAUUUUCGAAACUUGGUACCAAUAAUUUGGAUUUUCCUUAAUAAACUCAGUUUCAAGGAAACAAACGGAAGCAUUUUGUUGGGAAGACUAAUCAAAGAGUUGGUGUUCAAUCAAAAAAAAAAAAAAAAAAAAAGGUGAAAGAACCAUUUAAAUCUAACCACUCCCACCCCCCUUUAUUUUAGAGAAAUACUCAGCCAAACACCCCUCUUACGGCUAUUAUAUUAGGAGAUACAUUCUGCUCAGUAUUUUGAGGGAAAAAAUUAAAGGUCACAACAUGUUGCUGACUUGUUGUCACACAAGGGACAAUCCCUACGUUGGUCGACACACUAACAGAUUUACAAUUAGUUCUAAACGUUAAUGCGGUUAGCAGCGUCCUUCGGUUACCAAAACAUGUUACAACAGAACACACACCUGUGAAUUAACGAUCUUCUUAAUGUCGAACUUUAACUUUUAAAGCCCGAUAAUAACAUAAAAUAACAAUUUUGAUUAUUACGUACUGUUGUAUCUCCGAACGAAAAUUACUUUAACCAAAUAUUACGACUGAAGCCGCUUCACUCUCUACGACUGCAAAAAUUGCAUAUAUUACUUCAUGCACUAGAAAAGAUACGCCAUUUCGUGUUUGCUAAAGAAUAAAAUCACCCUCUUUUCUAAAGCUGAAAUGUGAAAAUUUCGAUUUUGUGUGCCAAGACCUUCAACAAGAUUUUUUGAGGUUAUUUUAAAAGCGGUUUUACUGAUUUCUUGAACAUAGCACAAGUGGCUGUUAAAUGGAAGACCGAUUUUUUAACCCUUUCGAUCCCAAGAUCUCAUUAGUCAUUGUCCUUACUGUUGGCCAUACAAUUCUUAUGAUAUCAAUUUGCAGAAUUUGGUAUUGGAUCAACUAGUAAUCCUCUAAUUGAUGUUUCUCUUUCUUCCUAUCACUUGUCUGCUUGAUAUUAUGAUAAAUUGUUGGGCGAAAUUCUGUUUUGGUCACUCAUGGGAGUUUAGGGGUUAAAACACAAAGUCCGAAACGCCUGCCCGCGGCCGCACUACACGAACUUAGCACGGUUUGUUUUGAAACGCCAUCCAAAGGUAAACUUUCGUUCUACUCAACAUUACCACGGUCGCCAAAUUUAACAAAUAUGUAUCAAGUUACGUUUAAUUUCUUUUCCUAAAACGUGUCCUAUUAGCUUAGUAAGUCUUAUGAUAGUCACGCUAAAUUCUUGGGCACGUUUGUCUAAGUCCCAUGAUCUUUGCAGUUUUUGGUCGAUCCCGAUCAACAUUGAAAAAAUAUUUCUAUGAAGAUAAAAAUCAACUUUAAUUAUAUAAUCUGUUUCUUUAGGAAAUCUUGCAGGCGACCGGAAGAACUUUCAGUGGAAUCCACUUGAUUUUACACUGUUAGUUUUCAAAGGAGUUACUGAAACAUUAACUGCGCCCAUUGUUGACUGGCAAGUAGAAAUGAAUCCUGUAGAUUUUGCCAGCGAAAUGAUAGUCAAAAUGACCCAGGUAAGAAUUCUGCUUUUUAUCGAUAAAUUUUAAGCUCAUCUCUUGCGUGAUUGCACUUAAAAAAUAAUUUAAUUACUUAAUCCAUGUGGCUUAAUUGGUUUUCCUUUGAUUUCUCACUAUUGCGCCGUGUAGGAAAUGUCUACGACACUGGGAAAAGUUUAUCAUAUCGUGAAUCCACAGCCUUUGAAUGCAAAGUAAGUACAAAUCCUUUCAGAAGCAUGAAGUAGAAAAUAGGAGAGGUCCGCUGAGAAUGGAGAUCUGCUUUGCAUGCAACCUAAAGGAAGCGCGUCAACCAUCAUUCGGAACAGGCUGUUUUGAUCUUACACUUGAAAAGGAUACAAAUCUUUAGGAGAAUUUUCCAGGUUUUUUUUUAUUUAUUUAUUGAAAAAUUUAUCACAAUGGAUGAAGGAAAAAAAUUGACCGAUCUUUCUGGAUGGCUCUGAUUAUAGAAGUUCCUGAUAAGUUAAAGUCUCGUGCUCACGAGACAUGCAGUGAAAUUACAAUGUUGCAUGGUAAAACAAUCGUUAAUCAAACCAAAUGAGAUGUUAGGAUAAACUUUACAUAAUAAGGUGGUUGUCGUUUUUUAGUUACCCGUUGCACGUCGCCCUUUCCACCUUUUUUUCUCCCCAAAUUUGUGGUUAUUUGUUCCCAUGGAACGUCUGAGGGGGGAAGGGUGGGUGGGAUUUACAAGAAAAUUUGGUGUGCUCAACUGAGAUGAUGGAUGAUGAGCUACAUUGGCCACCGUAAAGAGUUUCUAAAGCUGACGUUUCUGUGGACUGGAGCAUUUUUAAGCUUAUUCUGUUGCAUCUUGAAGGAGACGGCGUUAAAAUAUUAGCUCGGUACGAUAGAAAAACACAAAAGCAGUGAUGAUUAAAUGGGAAGGCACAAGGAUGAUCACGGAUUAUGAAAAUUGUUACAGGUGGCAAAUGGAAAUUGAACAUAUACAUUUUCCUAAUAAAUUUCACCUAAACCUUAACACAUAUCGUUUAGAAAAGAACGCCAUUCCAAAGUUUAAGACUUAAGGACUGUAAAGGUGGGGCAAUGAGCUGAAAAGAGUCCAACUCUACUCGGGCUUGACUCAAUUGCCCAUUGGUUCAGGUGGAAUCGUCUCUAUUAUUUACCUUGCGUCGCAGUUCAAGCUUUGUUUAUGAAGUGAGAAUAAAGGGGGUGAGUGGAACCGUCUUGCUGCAUCGGUGGUGGGUCUUACAAGAGAAUGAGUUGAUAAUGUAAAUUGGCCACCGUAAAGAGUUUCCAAAGCUGAAAUUUCAAGGUCGAUCAGUUAUAAAUCAUAUAACGUUUAUUUCAGAUGGUUGUUCGAGUGGAUGCGUACUUUUGGAUAUCCUUUGGAGAUGGUCUCCUUUCCGGAGUGGCGUAAGGCGUAAGGAACAUUCGUAUUGCUGGGGAAAGAUGGUCUUAGUCUUGUCACGAGCGUGGGACAAAGAAAAAAAUCUGAGACCCCAUGAGGAAUCGAACCUCAUAGCUCCGAUGCUUUACCACUGAGCCACAGAGACAAGACGAAAAACAUCUUUCUCUAUUUCUUUACCGAGCUCAAAACUUACCAUCUCUCUUAUUCUAUUUAUUCCUAUUGCCGUUGCUUGACAUAAAUUUAUCAGCUCGGCAUGCAGCAUCCUUUGUAGACUGAAUUGAACUAGUCAGAGCAAAAAGAUGCAUGGGUAGUGGUCUCGCCAACAUUGUGCGCCGGCGUGCAGUUUUAGACAAUCAGUGGACAUACAGUUUUCUUUUUAAGAAAGUAGGUUGUUUGGGAUAAAGAAAUGUUCUCAGAAUCCAACGUGUAGGAGAGCCUUGUGGCUGAGUUGAAGACGGUUUUGGCAGACGAUUUUUGUUAAUCAAACGAUUGAAAAAGUGUAUGAUGUACCCUUUUUAAAUAUCGAUUUAUUCAGGGGGUAUUUGCUCUAACCUUUACUCUUCUGUUAACAGAAUUGAAACUUACUCCACUGGGAACCCGAAAAGCGGACUUGCUCCUCUGCAGCGCCUUCUCGAUAUCUGGAUGACGUGAGUGUUUGUAUUUUUGUGUUUGACUGUGGCUGACUUAAUCCAACAUGCACGUGCGACAAGUCACGCGCGGGAGAGUCUGGUCUCUCACGCACGUUUCUCUUGAGUUCUUGCCGAACGCCAGCUAGGCAGGCCCAUUUGCCUAAGAUUUAUUGAUUACUAGUUUUUGUUUUUUUCAAGGAGUUGCUUUCGGAUUUCUCUGAAGCUACUCGCUGGGAUUUGUCUCGAAACCUGUUCCUUCUAACCAACCGGUCAGAUGUACAACCAAAGGCGAUUUCCGUGGCACAAACUUUCGUUUGCUGCGUACACAACACAGUGUCGUUCAUUUUACCCUUUGCGAAAAGCAUACCAAUUACAAUUAGAUUGUAGGCUGCAGAUAUCUAUCGCCUGAUAGAAAUCGAGAGUAAAUGUUAUGAUUGUUUUCAUAAAAACCUAAUAGUCUUUCGAAACUUAAUAACAAGACAGGUUCGCAUAGAAAAUAUUGUUGUUCAUAGCGAUCUUAUAGAUACAUGAAACUUUCAUGUUUCUAUUACAACCGAACACUUAUAGGCUACGCACUAAACCCUUUACACCCGAGCAUCAGUUUGCAUAUUCUCCAUAGUGUUCUCGAAACAUUUUCUAAGGUGAUGGCAAGGAGAAGUUUUGUAUCAAUCAUGAGCCCCCUGCGUUGGUGAUAUUUCCCUCAAUUCUUGUGACCUUAAUGUUUAAUUUGGGGGUAAUAUUGUAAGGUGAAAUCAGAUGCAAGUCACUCUUAGGGAUCAAAGAGUUAACCAACCAACUAUCUAUCACGGAAUAGACAGCGAGUUACGUAGCCAAUCAGGUCGCAGUAUUUAUGGUAAACACUAUUAGAUUAAUAUUAAAAGAAUAUAGAUAAUAAUAUACUUAUUUUCUGCAGAGACUCGUCCUUUCUGUCAAACUUAAGCACUUAUACUACGACAAAUUUUAAAGGAGUUAUGGAGCGGUUUAAAGUGGGGUUCCCUGUCUUCAAUGGCGAACUUUUGUCAAGUUACUUUUCCUCUUUGGCCGCCCAAUGUGUUCUGCCGAGAAUCAAGAUCAGGUUAAAAGGUGCUGUGAUUUUCGAGUAACUUUCCCCAUUAAUUACCUUAACUACAAGCAAAAAGUUGAAGUAGUUCUGUUUUAACCGUACGUCGUAAAUUUUUCAAAGGAUAACCAACUAACGGGCUGGUGCAAUUUGGUUAGCCUUUAAAAAAUUUACCCGUGCUGAUUUAUCCCAAAUUGCGCGACAAAAAGCAUAUGAUUAUUAGUUAAUAAUACACAAGCAAAAAUAUGAACCGGAGGUCCUGAACAAAAUUGUCGGGGAGUUUUACGCAACAGUUUGUAAGAAAGACAGAGAAACUUUGAGUACUUGGGCUCAAAUUUUAAAAGAGCUGAGUCGCGGCUAAGUUGCGUCCUGAAAAAUUAGCCUUAUGUUGUCAUGAGAAACCUGUUUUGAUCAGAUCCAUUUCAGGUCACCCGCAUUCCCUUUGGUCCAUUUUACCUCUCUGGUGUUUUUCUUUGCUAGGAAGAUGUUAAUUUACACUGUUGUUUUAUUUGCUUCUCUUUCACAAUGAAUGCCGUGGCGUAGAUCCUUUAACAUGCAUCCGCGUUUGCUUUCGUUUGACACCCUUACUCGUAGUAACUAAAGUCUACAUACCUUUCCUGUUUCAUAGGUCCAAGGCCUCUUCAAGAUAAGGUUGUCAUAGUAACAGGAGCGUCCAGUGGAAUUGGUGAAGCAGUAUGUAGAGCUCUUGCAGAAAAUGGCGCCAAAGUUGCUCUAGCUGCCAGGCGGAAGGAAAGGUGUGAAAUAUAAAAACAAUUUUGCUUCUGUUCUGUCACCGUUGGCUCUAAUAAGCGUUUGACGCAUCGAUAGAUGCCCAUUGUGAUAAAAAAUCCAGAAAUGUGGGUUUGAGUGUAGUGCAAAUCCGUUAACCCUCUUAGAUAUGUGCAAUCAACUCUACAGGUUGGACAAAAUCAGAGAUGAUAUUACGGAAUUAGGAGACGUGGCAAUUUCAGUGGAAACCGAUGUGAUCACCAUUGAACAGGUAAAAGUUACCAUACACACAAUACAGUUUGAAACAUAAACUGUGUGCAAUGAACAACCUUCUUGAUUUCAAAAAUCGCCUCUCAAGUUUGAUCCCCAAUGUGGGAUUAUCAUCACACCCUCAAACAACAUUUGGUGAUCUUGGUGAGCCUUGAACGUUGUGACUCGCAUGGCUACUGCAGUUUAAAAGAUUUCCAGAGCAUAAACCCAAUAGGAGUAAACUCCCCCUGAUGGGAUGAAUUGUCAUCAAAGAGAUCCCCCCCGGCAUUUUUUCAGGCUUACUUUAUAACACAACACGAAUUUGUGUUCGUUUUUUUCUUAAUAGGUGUUUUAUAAAUGUUCUGUUUGCGUUUUUGUUUGUUUGUUUGUUUUACUUAUGUCCAGGUCGUUGACCUAGUGUCGCAUACAAAAGACACACUAGGACCUGUAGACAUCUUAAUAAACUGUGCUGGUCUUGGAUUCUACACCACAAUGAAGAAUUGUAAUCUUGAAGAGUGGGAGAAAAUGGUUGAUGUCAACUGCAAGGUAAGGGUGUUUCAUGGUCUUGAGUCAAUUAUCAAAUUCAUUUGGUACUAAACUUGUGCCUAGUUACAAUACGUCCUCACAGGUAAAAAAUUCAGUUAAGAAAAAUUUAAUAAGGUAAAGGCUGAGCAAACACUUCAGGUUUUAACGGGGAAUGAAACUUCGCCUACCAGAUGCCCGUUGGGUCGGUCACGAUCACUAACUGAGCUGCAAAGUUACCGUUGGGGGCGAGGCAAAUUUUUGUGCUAGUUCUUUUUUGUUUGUAUAGGUGAUUGAUCCAAAUUAUAUAUGAAGGAGAGAAUAUUUGAUAUAUAUUCCAUAAUUGGUUGAUGUAAUACCUUUCACGUCAACUUUGGGGGAAGUUCGUAACAACAACGUAACGUAACGUACGUAACGUAGCAAAAGGCAACGUAACUUAACGUACGUAACGCAACACAGGGCGACGUAACGUAACGAAAUGUAGCGGAAAGCAGCUUAACGGAACGUCUAACCUUUGGCUCAGUGUCUCAGCUAUUGACUCGGUAGCCUACUACUUUGGAAUAUCAUAUUUAAAAUCAAAUGAAGAUAAUAAUUUCUUGAGACGAUUUACUUGGUUUGGCAUAAUUCUCGUCAUCAGGGUGUGAUGAACUGCAUCGGUGCUGUUCUUCCAGGAAUGCUGGAAAGAAAGCGGGGGCACAUCGUUAACAUCUCAUCAAACGCCGGCCGAAAGGUGAGUACAUGUAUUUAUAGUGUGAAGAGCCGGUUUGGUCCAAACAUGAAGAGUUAACCCAAGCUUGAUGUGAGUUUUUGACCGUCUCAGUGUAUUUAGUGCGUGAAAACGCCGUUUUAAAUUUCUUCGGCAUGGUGCUGACGUGGCCUGUUGUUUAUAAUAGCUGAUCAACAUCCUCCUUUUCAGGCUUUUCCUGGAUUAGCAGUGUACGCUGCCACGAAGUUCUUUGUUGAAGCUUUGACUCAGAGCUUGAGGCUGGAGACGGUCGGAAGUGGAGUGAAGGUCACGUCCAUUCAACCAGGUAUGAUCACAACAGUGAAGAGCUUUGACAGUCUCAGCGGUUCGCUUCUCUUGGAGAAAUUCUCAACUUAGUAGAACGAAAUGGAAGUAUCAAGCAACAGUUAGUCAGAACAGGGGAGCAUUACGAGAGAGCAAUUAAAACUCAAAGUGAAACAAGCAAACGGCCUGGAGAGUAGGAAAGUGCAAACGAUCAAGUCAUGAUUUAUUUCUUUUGAGCCUAGAAUCUGAUUGGUUGAGGGAGAUGCGUGUGUUCCUAAACGACUCAAAGAGCGCAGACCCCAUCAGUGUUGCCUUAAACUUUGCUCUGUAAUUGGUCCACAAACCUCACGCCACCCCAUCAAUCAAUCAAAUUAGUUCAAACCUAAAACCACUCAUGACUUGGUCACUCGUGUUUUCACGCGCUUGAGCCGUUUGCUUGCAUUUGCUCUCAGUUCUCGUUGGCCACUUCCAAUAUUUACCUUUGAGUGGCCGUUUAAAUUAUUCUGGUUUUGGUUUUGAGACCCUCAAUCGGGAGCACUUUAUUUGACAUUCGUCAUUCUCUUGCAGGUGAUGUAGCCACCGAGUUUGGUUUCCAAAGCUCAGAUGAGGAGGUUUGUUCUUAUUUUGAUAUUGACCCAGGGGCAUGUGGUCGGGUUACUAAUCUAAAACAUGCUCAGACAUCGAGUUUUCUAAUGAUUAUCAUUCGCAGUCUGAAAUUAUCUUUUUGAGAGGAACAAAGCAAGAAACACCUUGACUGGAUGAAUUUUUUUUUGUCAGUAUGAUUUUGAGAACGAAUUUUAUUGUCGGUUAUGGAACUCGCCCAAAAAAGACUGAAAAGGAAAGGUCUUCUAAAAUCGAAAGAACACAAAUUGAAACAUCCACCCCUCCUAUAAUCCAACAUUAAUCCUAACUUGUUAUCAUUUGACUGUUGUUAGAUUAAGGGAGGGGUAGAUGCUCAGUUUUCAGGUACUGACAUUAAUUUAUCGAUCCCACGCUACAUGUGAAUACUUUGCCACAGCUAAAUAAACUCCUAUAACCAAAUAGUAAAUCCUCUCUUUACGAGUUUAGUUGUUUGGUUUUCUCAAAUGUUUACUUAGGGUUAGGGUUAGUAGUAGUGAAAAAUACAGACCAGCUGUGAACGACUACUGCAUGUGGAGGUUCUUGUCAGAAUUUGACGUUUGUAAAAAUUGAAUGAUCUUUUACUCCUUGCCUCGCAUACUUCAAACGCAUUAAGGGAUGGUUUUCUUCAUCUCGAGUGACCCUUCUUCUUUCCUCCUCGACAAAAUUUAUUUUAAUCCGAUUUACAAAGAGAUGGAGCAGUAACGAGGAAUUUUAACUUUACUUCUCUUAUUUCUCUCACAGGCUCGGGAAAAAUACGAAGUUAGCGACGAUGUAAAAAGACUUGACCCUUGCGAUGUCGCGAAUGCUGUUAUCUAUGCCGUCACACAACCCGCUCACUGCUCUGUAAACGAAAUCCUAGUGGAACCCACAGACGCCCCUUGCUGAAGAAGUCAUCGAUCGCAAAUCACAUUCAGUGUCUAAGGGUCGGGUUAACUUCAAGGGCACUUACCAUUGGCCAGUAUCGGUCGGCCAGACGAACUCAUUAAUCGGAACUGUCCGGCUAUUUAAUCCUUAUAGUCACAGUUUAGUCAAUGCCAAGUUAUUUUCCAUGUCAAAAUUCACCCUUUCACUUCCAUGCGUGACUGAAAAGUAAUUUCUCCCAGAAAUAUUCCCAACGAUAAUUUCUGAGAAAAAAAUGUGAGCAUCAUUCUCGGGAUAUAGUUUGAUUCAAAACCAGAUUCACAGAGUUUACAUUAAGAAGAUUUAGGAGAAACAGUUAGGAGAAUUCAAACCUGAAAUAUUGGGCGGGAAAGGGUUUAAACAAUAGAAAUCUGAAGUAGCGCCUCCUCAAUUUUUCGAUUGAUUCGUCUGGCCGAAUAAUUCACCGAGACUAAUGAUAAGUGUCCUUUUAAAUCGUUAUGUGUGUAUGUGUUUCUUCAUUCGACCAAAGUUGCCUACAAUAUAUUGUCUAGCGUUAGAAUUCUAUGUUCUUCGUUCGUCAAAAGUGAAUAUUCCUUCUCUUCAAUGUCAUUCACAACUCGUUUUUUGCGUGUUCUUGAUGACAUUUGCUUCUUCGGCAUUCCAUCAUAGUUUUCAGAGCCCCUAUGAUAUUUUUUUCAACUCCUAAACCAAAUUUUCUUUCUCUGCACUAGAUGCUCGUUGAGCAAACUUAUGAUAUGCAGCAUAUUUCAGAAUACCAGAAAACUUGUCACUACCGUAGAAUCUAGAAACAAUAUGUCCCUUUUUUUUGUAAUAUUUCAAUGUUGCUGUUGAUUUGGUUUUACCAUAUAGUGUCGCUGCGACCAAAUCACUUAAAAGUCAAAUUGAAGGCUAGCGCCUUUUAAAAAAAGAUAGUAACUCACUGGAGUUAAAAUAAAUUGCGUAAGUUUUUAGACAUUUAGUUUUGACCUUUUUAAUGACAUCCCUAGCUUUGGUGAAAUUAUGUUUGUUGAGGCAAAAGUCGAAUGAGUGCAAUGCUGAUCAUUUUUAAACAUUGCCAUUACUUGUCACACUCAGUCAUCUUUUUGGCAAGAAAUAAGUGCAAGGCUAUGGUAGUUACUGAAUGAUAUCACAACUGCAUACAACGUCACCAAUGUUUGAGGGAAUCAGUUUAAGUGAAAAUAACGAAAAUAUAUACUGCUUGAAUUUCUCCUUAUCAUACUUAGGUAUUUACCUCUGGGGUCGUUUAAAAUGUUAGGGAAAGCGUUCUAAAAAAAGCCAUAAUCUUACCACAACAGAUUUUACCUUAUUGGAAUAAACAAGACAUUAAGUGUAUUCAAAAGGAAAUUGUUCGUUUGGAAUGUCUCUUUAGUCUUCUUUUAUUCUAGAGGGCUCUUCUGACGCAGCCGCGUAAAAAAGUUUCAGCAUAAACAUGAAAUCUAGCCGAGGGGUUCUUACAA